AUGCUGCCUGAAGUCGCCGGCUGGCUGCCAGGAUGGCGCAGCGUGACGAGCACAAAGGCGCCUCCGGAUCCGGCAGCGUCCGACGUCCAUCUCCCCUUCUCGUCCUUCCUCACCUGGAUUCCGCAGUCCUUCCACCCUUUCCUCCGGUCCCUCCUUAUUGCCUCACUCCGCCUCGGUCCGCGACCACAGCACGUCGCAUUUAUUAUGGACGGGAACAGGCGCAGCGCGCGGGAGAGGAAGCUGCCGGUGCGGGUCGGGCACGAGGAAGGCUUCGAAGCGCUCAAGCGGGUCCUCAGCUUUCUCCUCAAGCUGGAGAUCCCGCAUGUGACGGUUUACGCUUUCUCCAUCGAGAACUUUAACCGGGAUCCGAUGGAAGUCGAGGCGUUGAUGGACAUGGCGCGGAAACGGCUCGUCGAGAUCUGCCAGCACGGUGCGUUACUAGACCAACACGGCAUCCAGAUCCGCGUCCUCGGUCGGCGAGACCUCCUGCCGCCAGACGUGCAAGAAUCGUGCGCCGAAGCGGAAGCGCUCACGGCCGGCAACACGAAGGGAAUCUUGAACCUGUGCUGCCCGUACGGCUCGCAAGAGGAGAUUGCCACGGCUAUCAAGCGGACUGUCGAUUCCUGUCGCGAAGGGAAGCUUACUCCCAGCGAUAUCACGGAAGAGCAUAUCGCCGCAAACCUCUACACCGCCGCCUCCCCUCCUCUCGACAUCCUCAUCCGCACAUCAGGCGUCAGCCGCCUCAGCGACUUCUUGCUUUGGCAGUCGAACGAAUCGACCAUCCUUCACUUCGUCACGCCCAAUUGGCCAGAUAUCGGCGUUGCGGACAUCCUCCCACCUCUACUCUCCUUUCAAGCGGAGAUCUGGGUUGGGCAGGUGUCGGAUACCCUGGAGAGUUGGCGAAGAUGGUUUGCCGGCGACAGCACAAGUAGGAGGGUGAAGGCGGAGUGA